AGAUUGAAAGUAGCUUUCUAUCAUUACCGCCCUUCAAUCAUCAACGGUACAACACACAGCCGCCAUUGUUUUAACACGUGAUAUGACGGACGGCGUGUUUCGCGCGAAGAGUGAUAGAGAGUGUGUGUGUGUGCGCGCGCGUGUGUGGCCCAGAUCCACUGUCACGGACAGAGUGAGUGCGAGCUGCAUGCACGUACGGCAUCGACAAUAGCAGCGGUGAGGUAUACCGAACAAAAACAGCUGCCCGGGUAUAUAUAAAGUAAACUGUGUCAUCUGCUACGGUUCAGUUUCUCCAACCGCAGGCGUCCAGUUACCUGUCCGCCGGCGCGACCGCGUGAUUUUGUGCAGCAGACUUCGUUCGGGAAGGUGGUUGUGUGAAAGUGCAUCAACGUCGUAUCAGGUACCGUGAAACUAGCAAGAUGUUGUGGGCUGGAUUCUUGUUGCCUCUACUCAUCACUGUCACCGCCGUAGCAAGCCAAGUCUACCCCGGCUUCGGUCAAGGUCCAUCGUCAACGUUUGGCGUCGUCGGCAGCGUGGCUCAAAUCCGACCACCGGGCGUAGGCAGUUUUGGCCCGAUCGCCACGGUGGGCGGUACGCAUAACGUCUACGAGUCACCGUACGGGUAUUCGUUUGGAGACGUACCGAACAGGCAAGGGUACGACGGAGCGAUGCCCGGCUACAACCGCGACUCGCUCGUCAACAUUGCUUUCGGCGACGUUGGCGUUUACGGAAACCAACAAGCAGGUCGAGGACUGGCCGGUAUUUCCCUAGCAACGAACCAACAUGCGAGUAGAGGACUCUCCGGUGUUCCCCUAGCAUUUAACCAGCGAGCAGGUCGAGGACUGGCCGGUAUUCCCCUAGCAACGAACCAACAUGCGGGUAGAAGACUCUCCGGUGUUCCCCUAACAAUUAACCAGCGAGCAGGUCGAGGACUAGCUGGUGUGCCUUUCACCGGCUACCAGCAGCACCCGAUCAGGCAAGUAACUACAAGCCAACUCAUCGGGAGCAAACAGCCCGCUAGACUGGUUCCAGUUAGCCACGCGAGCGGGAAGGCGCAAAGCGGCGCGGGAGUGGAGGCCGUCUAUAGCGAGAAGCACGACGAGGGAGGCGGCGGAAAGGGAGUGGAGGUCAAUGAGAAGAAGAAGCAGCAGCAGCACGAGCAGGAGAAGACGGCCGUCUUCCAGAAGGGCUACGACGCGAAGAAAUACAAGCUGGAGAACGCUGGCUACGAUUUCGACCGCGGUUUCCGCUACGCGUACCAGUACGGCCACCUGUUCUUCAACCCUGUGCCGGCGUACUUCAACGGACAGAAGAUCCCGGUGGGUUACCCGUACGGACGCGGCGGGGCGACGUAUGGCGGAGCAGGGUACGGCUUCAACGAAGGCAGAGGCAAGAGGAAGUUGGAGGAAUACAGCCAGGACGCGCGCGAUGAUGGGACCGCUGUCGUCGGCCGAGCGACGUACGUCUCGCCGACAGUAGACGACAAGGAAACGUACGCGUCGGCGACGGAUGCCGGGCGCGCAUCGUACGCGGCACCGACGACCGGUGGCCGGGCGACCUACGUGUCGGCGACGGACGGCGGCCGAGCGACGUAACUGGUGAUGAUGGUAGCACAGUCGACGUACGGGUGGGAUGUACGGGGGGAAUGUGCAUAUACGAAGCAUUCGUAUCGGCAUGCGUUUCUGUGAUCAACCUCGCUGUUCCAACCACGCGUCAGUACGUUUGACACUUGGUUUCAUUUCAUUCGCAUUUCUCGGUGGACAUAUUCACCCACCCCACACACACACAGGCACACUCGAGCGCCCUGUGUGCGUAGUAGGUAUGUGCUGUUGUCGCCAGUAGUACUCAAGUGAUUAUAGCUAUACAGCUUUGGACUGUAACAAAGGGCCGGAACAACGUUCACUCAGCCUCAAGCUUGUAUUUAAUAUUUAUCCGCACUUACGCAUAAUCGUCCCUAUCUUCCCAAUGCAUGCCUGCUCCUGCGCUGACUAGCUGUAAUGCCACGGUCGGAUGAGCACUGAACUAAAAUCAUUUCCGCGCUUUUGUAAAAAAUCCGCCAUCUUUGGUUAUCCGCAUGGAAUUGAACAGCGCAGCGCGCCAUUGAAGAGUGCAGGUCACACACCACGACCAGCAUGAUCCAUUUACUAUAAGCGAUCGAGUAAAUUGUUAGGCCAGUUCAAGAAGCAGCGCGCUAGGUAUUCACACAAUACCCUCUAUAGCUAUUUGGAUUCUCCGCUUCUGCCAGCGUGUGUCGAUUAGACGUACCUUUCACUGCAAUGUACGGCAAAUCUAAUGCCCUUUUAUCGUCGGUAAUGUAUGGCAAGUUUGUCACAUGCGCACUGAAUCAUUCAGCGCACGUUUCAACCUACAUAUUGACGAAUUCCUUUCCUAAAUGUGUGUCACACCAUCGCCAUCACCGGAGCGGUAGACGGGGCGUAUAUAUGUUACGAUUUUACGUUUACGGCUAGUACGGUACAUGAUUCACAAUGACAUGUUACCGCUGCUCGAUCUUCUCUGCCUUUGUUAGCGAGCAAUGAUUAAUGCUAUGCGAUGCUCGUGUGUAUAUGUUUCGGAAGAAAGACAUUUGCUAUACUGUUAAAAGAAGUGCAAACGCUGUAUAUCUGCAUCUAUCUCACACACACUGCUGUAACGUGUACUGACUUACCCUAAACAGACUGAAUGCGCGCGUGUGGAGGUUUUACUAUUAUAACGAAAUGCGAAACUAGAUGAAAGUUAGCUGUCAUAUUAUGUUAUGUAUAGAUAUGUCGCGAGGGGCGAAUGUGACUCAUCAGAAAUUAGAUUCAUUCUGUGUAAAAACGUUUUACAAUCACGUCAUUUGUUUCAUUUUAACUUAUUACAAGUAGCAUUUAUAAUAAAUAAUUAAUUUAUAUGAUAAA